UAAGCAUCCUACUUUUUUUUUUAUUCUUAUAUGAUUAUCGUUCAAAUUAUGAAUACGUGAUAUUUUCGCGGGCUAUACAAAUAAGGGGAAGAAGUAUUCUACUGCAACCCUUUUGAUCUACCGAAGUUACGGAACAAAGAAGCCUUUUUGGGAUUUCGUUUGUCUCUGCCGCAUACUAUCAAACAGUUGGGGGGCAAUAUCUCUUUUCUCCUUUUUACUGAAUUUCAAGAUUAUGCUUACCCCAUUUUCACUUGAUAUCCUCCUGGUAUAGUGAAGUUGGAAACAAACGACUUAUGUGAAGAUCAAGCGAAUGUGAAAAUGUAAAAUUUCGUGUGCUAAAACAAGUUCCUAUCUUCAUAUGCAAAGGGAAUGUUCCACCAUAUAAGGUAUAAUGAAGUGGGAAACAACCAACUUAUGUGAAGAUUAGUCCCCGCAAUUGAGAUGCAAGCGAAUGUGGAUGCAAAACUUUAUAACAAGUUCCAAUCUCAUAUGCAAAGGGAAUGUUCCACGAAUAAGUCAACAAGUUCCAAUGGAGAGAAUCAUUGAAACCGCUCACUGCAAGUCAAUUCGGCUUUUCUUAUGGAACGAAAAGCUAGCGAGGAACCAGAUUUCACAGUCCGAAGGCUUAUGCUUGUUCAUAAUCAGAAGUACAUUCAUGAUGUUUCAACCUUGUGAAUGUGGUUGUUAUAACUCUAAGUACAGUUGCUACACACUUGAGGAAAAGAAGUGUUCUACUGUCAUCCCUUUUGACCUGUCAAAGCUACGGAAUGGAGAAACGUCAUUGGGUUCCUUGCUUGUUUCUGCUACUCUUCAGUUUCUGCCGCAAACUAUCAAACAAUUGGGGGAUGAAAUCUCUUUUUGCCUUUUCACUGAGUUUCAAGAUUCUCAAGCUUUACUGCCACUGCCAAGGCCGACUUACAUAGUCGUCGUUGAAAUCUCCCAGACUCGCUGUGUCAAUUUUACUGAUAAAGUUGAUCUUGACACGUCCCCCAAUUUCACAGGGUAUCCUCCUGAUGUCCCAUUGUAUCGCCGGUUUGAGAUUGACGACAAGGAAGAGGAGGGGGUCGUCACUGUGAGCAAUGUGAGUGCUGCUGAUGAUAGGAAUGAUCCAUUUUGUGAAUACACUGAGGAUGUCCUUGAGUAUCUUCACAUGUUAAGGGAAUAUACAGGUGAAGGUGGGGGUUGUCCAAUGAAACCACCUAUUGCGGCGGAUGUAGCCAGUGGAUUUGUCGAAGUCCCGCCAUGUUAUAGAUCUUGGUGUUCAAGUCCAGCUAUCAGCAUCAAAGAUCUAAUGAAUGAGACUUGCCCUGUUUGUCAAGAAGAGUUUAAAGACGGGAAUGACGUGAUUACAACUUGUUGUUCGCACAUGUUUCAUACAAGGUGUCUCCUCCCAUGGCUAUCCAAGAACAAUAGUUGCCCAACUUGUCGAGCUGUCUAUCCUUUGCAUUAUUCACCCCUUUUGGACCGUCAACGUUGUAAGCGCAAACGUAACAUGUUGGACAAUAAUGUUUGAAAUGUGUUCUUUAUCUUUUUUCUUUUUUUUAGUGGUAUUAUAUAGUAGUGAAGUGAUUUUUCAUGUGCUAGAACAUGUAUUGGAUGAUGUUAAUAUGAUAGUAAAGUAAUUUUUUUCUGA